AGGGGUGCUGGGAAAUACCAGGAUGAACCGCUGUAAACCAUCGUUAUUCUGUCAGGUGCGAGGGUGUGGGGGAGGGAGAGCCCAAAGCCUUGGGGGUAGGAAGCUACCUAGUACAGGAAUCCUUGUGAUGAAGAACUCCUGCACUCAUUCGUUUGUGCCUACUCUGAGGCGAAUGCGUACCAGCUUCUUGACCUGAAACGUUGAAUGCAUGGUUGCAAAGUUGCAAGAGUUUGGGUUUCCGGAGACACCGUGCUCGCCGUGAAAGCCGCGUGCUAUUUGGUGAGUUUCGACGAGAUUUUGGUUGGCUGGGAAGGGAAUUAGGUGCGAUUGUGAGUUUAUUGUGUCCGAAUUCGGGGGGGGGUAGAACUAGUUCGAACGUGAACGUGGACGCGCUCGGAAGCAAUUUGGCGGAGCUUGGAACAUGUUGGAGUGGACACAGUCAGACAGCAUAUCCCGAGUCUGAGAUUUUUGAAAACACUCAGGCAAUCGGGACUUACAAGGUUCGCAUGUAUGUUUGAAGACUAAGGAGAAGUCUUCCUUUCAAAGGCAGGCAUGGCAUCGCCAAGGUCUGCUGCAACUGGUGGGCUCGGUUUCCGCGGCGCUGGGCAGCAGAAUAUGCAAAUGGCGGGGGGUCAGAGUGUGAAUGGCGGCUCAACUACUCACCGUAGUUCUAGGGGGGCUGCGGGCGGAAGAUAUAACAAUCUGUACCGCGAUGAAAGUGACAUGAGCGGCGUUACAGACAGCGAAACGGGGUCUGAUUAUUUAUACACCGUCCAAAUUCCGGCCACACCUGACAAUCAAGUAAUGAAUACAAGCCGCGAUUCUGUGCGCGGGAUUGACCCCGUUAUCGCCGGGAAGUCGGAGCAGCAAUUCGUUUCGAGCACGAUCUUCACCGGGGGUUUCAAGAACCAAGCUCGGGGUCACACGAUGGACAAGAUGAUGGAGAACGAGGGCAAUCACCCCCAACUCGCCGGCGUCCGCGGCCCAACCUGUGCCUGCAAAGGCUGCGACGGGAAGGCCAUGAGGGACGAGCGCGGGGAGGACAUGACCCCUUGCGACUGCCACUUCAAGAUUUGCCGAGACUGUUACAUCGAUGCCUUGAAUAGCUCUGGGAAAUGUCCGGGGUGCAAACAAGAGUACACCGUUGCGGACGAUCCUUUCUCCCGAGACGGUUCCGAGACCGACAUGCGCGCCCUCCCGCCCCCGAGCGACGACAGCUCACGAUUGGAGCGCCGUCUCUCGCUCCUGAAAACGAAGCCUAGCAUGAUCGUAGGCAAUGGCUCCCCCGCAGAUUUUGACCAUGCUAGGUGGUUGUACCAGACUAAGGGCACUUACGGUUAUGGCAACGCCGUUUGGCCUGGUGAAGAUGGUUACGACGGUGGAGGCGGCAAUAAUCCCCCAAACCUGGGAGCCUUGCCCGAGUUUAAUGAUAAAGUGCGGCGCCCGCUAACAAGAAAAAUCAGCAUCUCUACUGGUAUUCUGAGUCCAUACAGGUUGAUCGUCUUCAUCCGCAUGGUUGUACUUGCCUUGUUCCUCAUGUGGCGAAUAAAUCAUCCGAAUCCCGACGCCAUCUGGCUUUGGGGAAUGUCAGUCGUUUGCGAGAUUUGGUUUGCCUUCUCCUGGAUUCUUGAUCAGAUGCCAAAAUUGUGCCCCAUCAAUCGGCUCACGGACUUGACCGUGUUGAAAGAACGGUUCGACAUGCCGUCACCAGAUAAUCCAUCCGGCAGGUCUGAUCUCCCUGGCGUCGACAUCUUUGUCUCCACAGCCGAUCCCGAGAAAGAGCCUCCUCUCACAACUGCUAAUACAAUCCUGUCCAUCUUAGCAGCUGAGUAUCCUUUGGAAAAGCUUGCGUGCUAUCUUUCUGAUGAUGGUGGUGCGCUUCUAUCGUUCGAAGCUUUGGCCGAGGCAGCAAGUUUUGCUCGCAUUUGGAUCCCUUUCUGCAGGAAGCAUAAGAUAGAGCCUCGCAAUCCCGAAACCUAUUUCCUGCUCAAAGGGGAUCCAACAAAGAACAAGGUUCGCUCCGAUUUUGUGAAGGAUCGCCGUAAGGUGAAGAGAGAGUACGAUGAGUUCAAGGUGCGCGUCAAUGGUUUGCCUGACUCUAUCCGUCGUCGGUCUGACGCUUACAAUGCUCACGAGGAGAUUCGAGCUAAGCGCCAACAGAUGGAGUCUGCAGUUGAUCCAUCGGAGCCUCUUAACAUUCCCAAGGCUACUUGGAUGGCUGACGGGACACACUGGCCUGGAACAUGGAAUCAGUCUGGCAAAGAGCAUGGUAGAGGAGACCACGCAGGCAUCAUUCAGGUGAUGCUCGCGCCUCCCACUGCCGAGCCUCUGAUGGGCAGCAGCGACGAAGAGAACAUCAUCGACACCACGGACGUCGAUAUCCGUCUGCCGAUGCUUGUCUACAUGUCUCGCGAGAAGCGCCGGGGAUACGAUCACAACAAAAAGGCCGGAGCUAUGAAUGCACUUGUGCGAACGAGUGCCGUAAUGUCUAACGGGCCCUUCAUUCUCAAUCUGGAUUGUGAUCACUACAUCUUCAAUUCUCUCGCUAUCCGAGAGGCCAUGUGCUUCUUCAUGGACAAGGGCGGUGACCGCAUUGCAUACGUGCAGUUCCCUCAGCGUUUUGAGGGCGUGGAUCCGAACGAUCGAUACGCCAACCACAACACCGUCUUCUUCGACGUGAAUAUGAGGGCUCUGGAUGGACUGCAAGGGCCUGUUUAUGUCGGAACGGGGUGUGUGUUCAGACGAAUUGCGCUUUACGGUUUUGACCCCCCCAGGCUACCUAAACGUGGUUGCUGCUACACCCUCUGCUGCAGCUGUUGCGGACCAAAGAAACCCACGAAGAAGAAGAAGCAAUCUAAAUCUGAGAAACGGGCGUCAGAGGUGACAGGCUUGACGGAGCACACCACCAGCGACAGUGACGAUGAUAUUCAAGCCACCAUGCUUCCGAAGCGUUAUGGCUCUUCUGCUGUUUUCGCCGCUUCCAUCCCUGUGGCAGAAUUCCAAGGGCGACCUCUUGCAGAUAAGGGUGUCUUCAAUGGUCGCCCUAGCGGAGCCCUCACUAUCCCCCGUGAGCCUUUGGACGCCGGAACAGUUGCUGAGGCUAUCAACGUGGUGUCCUGUUUCUACGAGGACAAAACUGAGUGGGGAGGUCGAGUGGGAUGGAUUUACGGGUCCGUGACAGAGGAUGUGGUCACUGGUUUCCGCAUGCACAAUCGUGGUUGGCGCUCAAUUUACUGUGUUACCAAGCGCGAUGCCUUUCGGGGAACUGCUCCAAUCAAUCUUACCGAUCGUCUUCACCAAGUGCUUCGGUGGGCUACAGGAUCCGUCGAGAUUUUUUUCUCUCGCAACAAUGCUUUUCUGGCCAGCUCCCGUCUCAAAUUCUUGCAGCGUGUUGCCUACCUUAAUGUCGGCAUCUACCCCUUCACUUCCAUCUUUCUUCUGGUCUACUGCUUCCUUCCCGCUCUCUCUCUCUUCACCGGUCAAUUUAUCGUGCAGAACUUGAAUCUCUCUUUCUUGAUCUACCUUCUCACCAUCACCGUCACCCUCUGCGCUCUCGCCGUUCUGGAAGUGAAGUGGUCCGGAAUCUCUCUGGAGGAAUGGUGGAGAAAUGAGCAGUUUUGGGUGAUCGGAGGAACUAGUGCCCAUCUUGCUGCUGUAUUCCAGGGUCUGCUCAAGGUCAUGGCCGGAGUCGACAUUUCUUUCACUUUAACGUCCAAGUCAGCCGGAGAGGACGAAGAUGACAUCUACGCUGAUCUCUACAUUGUAAAGUGGUCGUCUCUCUUCAUUCCUCCCAUCACCAUCGGUAUCACUAACAUGGUAGCCAUCGCCGUGGGCUUUUCCCGCACCGUCUACGCCACUUCACCCGAAUGGAGCAAGCUUCUGGGAGGAGUCUUCUUCGCCCUGUGGGUGCUCAUGCACUUGUAUCCCUUCUUCAAAGGUCUCAUGGGCAAGGGCGGUAAGACGCCAACCAUCGUCUUCGUGUGGGCGGGUCUUCUCUCCGUCAUCAUCUCUCUCCUGUGGGUGUACAUCAGCCCCUCGAACGCGGACGCAGCGGGCACUGGUGGUUUUACAUUCCCUUGAAAGACAUGGCCAUUUCCCCCCGAACCUUAAUUCCUCCGCACCCGAGCCCCAGUUGCGGAUCGCUUCAGAGCGCGCCGUUCUUUAAGAGUAAUCAGACUGGGGCACGCAUGCAUGAGUAGAAUAGUACCUAACCUCCUAAGACGUGUAUGUUACAUCUGCGGUAGUCGCGGAGCAUUUCACAAUCGCUGCAUCUGUACAUUAGUUGAACAUUCUUUGGACUCACGUAAGAUGAGACUACCGUUCUGGGGCGCACGUAGAAUGCGAGUGAGGCAAAAAAAAACAGGAUACUUAAAGUGCAAUCAAGGCAAUGAAGGAUCAAUCGUCUCUCAGACCUCUUUGAGGUGGUAUAGACAGCGGCGAGGACCCCGACGCAGUACAAUAAGAUCAUCGCCGCAAAGUAUGUAGUAAUUCUAGAGUACAUACAUUGUAAAGUCGAAGCCAUGCUUCGAGUGAGCUUGUGGGCAGUCUGUCUGUGUGUGCUUUUUUCUUUCACCCAAUUUUGUUUUUCAUUAAACUCCGAGUCUCACUCUCGGUUGUUGCGAUUGCAAUGGAAACUCUUCUUGCCGACA